AAAUAGAGAAGAAGGUAUGAGAGGAUGGUGACGUUCCUCCGGCCGCUCCCUCACGCCUAUGGAUCGACGGCCGUCAACGUUCGCCUCCGGAGAAGCUACCGCCUCCAUUCGCCGUCGUCAUCGCUCUCCUGCCGCUGCGGCAGCCUCACGCUCAUGGCGGAGGACCCCUCCCACCCCCACCACCGAACAAAGGAGGACGAUACCGCCCCGACCUCACAACUGCAACCAGAGCAGCAAGAGCUAACGCAGCAUCUGCCACCAGCGCCAUCUCCGCCGCCGCGCGACGUCCACGAACCAAGUACGAGCAGUACCAGCUGCGGCAACACCAGUUCCUGGCUGCAGCUCGGUAUCCCACAGUCGUCUUCGUCGUCGAAACGCACAAGAAACGAUUAUGAAGCAGGACCCUCGUCGUCCAUACAACCGGACGCUUCGCCGCCGCUGUCUGAGCUGGGCAUGUCUCUGUUCCCAGCUGGUUCUUCUUCGCCAUCGGUGGCGGCAGGUUCAAUGGUCGUGGCGGUGCCUCCUCCGGCGCACGAGGCCGGCACAUGGUUCGUGCUCCUGGCGUCGCAUAACCAGAGAAGGGAGCAGCGAUUGCCGCAGGUGCAAAGGAGCUACUUGAGGGUUAGAGACGGGCGGAUGACUGUUAGAGUAGUGAUGGGGUACCUGGUUUGCAAGCUGGGUCUUGAGGACAAUUCACAGUUAGAGAUUACUUGUCGAAGUCACAACCUUCUCCCGACAAUGACAUUGUGGCAUGUACGAGAUAAUAUUUGGCGGCUCCCACCGACAGAGACUGCAGUGAUUUUGCCGGUCCCCGGCUCGAUGAGCACGAACCAGGUCAUGACAUUGCAUUAUGGUAGAAGAUAGCACGUCAAGAAGGGAGCACCUAUAGACAUAAUUACUACUGUAAUUAGUUUUUUUCACUAACCACGGGCACCAAUAUCCUCUUUUCCCCACUUACUAACACCUAAUAUUCACGAAGAAAUUCAUAUAAAGGUAGUAGUACACAAUAAA